UCCGAGUUAGAUCCUUGAAUACGAAAGGAGUAGAGCUGGGAGCAAAUAUUAACGGUUGGGCUCUGGUUUUGGUAAGGAAAGCGUGCAGCAGCUGCUCUUCUUAACCCGGACACCCUUGCUGCUGCUCUUCCUCUUCCUCAGCUUCUCCCCUGGGUGUUUUCCGGCAGGAAGGCUGCUCCAGGCCACGUUACCACGUGUGCCCGUGGAAAGCCCUCCCUUUGGCCCUGUUUAGCGUGGCUGGAGCUGGAGGUAGGGCAGUCAGCACCGCCUUUAUCUGUGUCCCCAGACCCUUCCCUGCAGGCUCCUGCCGUGUGCCCAGCGCGGUCUCUGACCCUGUGUUCCCCCUCGGUCGAGGGCUGUGUCUCUCUGGGGCUGGCAGCGGUGGGCUCGAGGCUGAAUCUGGAGGGACUCGUCCCGCCUCGCUCGCUUGGAAGCGGUGAGGAGCUUUCACCUUCCCCAAGCAGCAGCCAGCGGAGAGACGUGGCGUCUCGCUGCUUCUGGACCGAGGAAACACGUUUUUGCUUCCUUAACGCUGAUGGCAGCUUUGCUCGAGUCGGACAUUGGCUUUUCUGUGGAUUUACAGAGAGGAGAACAGCUGUGUAAUAUCUGUCCUGUAAACGCUGGGUUGCUCAGUGAGAUAAUCCUCCUCUCCGAGCACCAGGGCAGAGGCAGCGGGUCGGUCAGAGAGGCAUGGCAUCUGGCCGCAGCGCUCUCCGUGUCUCCCCUGAUACAGGACAGGACCGUGGGUCUUCCUGCUGAGAGGGGUUCGUUCCCGCAAGGAGCGAACGCGCUGCGCGGGGCAGGACAAACCGCUGACGUGACGCCCCUCUGAGGCGCUGGGGACGCGGGCGGCGGAGCGGGGAACCACGAAGAUGCUCCCGGAGGGUGCGAGCUGGGGCUGCCCCGCGCGGGGCUGAGCUCGGGGGUGGCUCGUAGCGUGGGGAAGGGAGCAGGAAGGGCUUUGAGGUAGGAGAGACAUAGCAUCAAGUAAGAGGUGGGUCUGGGAGCCGCCAUCCUCUAGUGAGCAUUGAUGAGUGAGCCGGAGGCACGUCUGGGAUCCAGGGGGAAUGUCCAUUUAGAUCCACAGUAAUUUGCUCUUUUUUUGGUUGGUUUUUUUUUUUUGUUGCUCCUCACACCCCAAAACUUGGGUUUGUAACGAAUCGUUCUGUGCUGUCCUGCCCUCGUGUUUGAUGGGGAGUGAAAGCGGCCGCGGAGGGGCUGUCGCGUCCCUUUGCCGAAGGAUGCAAUGGGUGAAUUUUGGCCGCUGCGUUCAGCGGUUACGGGAUCUGCUUUUCGGCUUGCCUGCCACGCAAGGCAAGAUAGCUUGAGCCUUUGCCGCGGUCAGAGGACACGCGUGCGGCACCGUGGCUGCCGGCUGCCUCGAGGACUCGCACCGGUCAAACUCAGUCACGAAUCUCUUCGGAGAUCCGCGUUGCAGCAAGACGAGGGCCAGGGCACCCUCACGCUGGGGUGAAGGACCUGCUGGGGCGGGUGCCGCAUCCAGGAUGGUGCGGCCCUGGUGGAGCUCAGCCCGGGGAUGGACAGGCGUUUUCUGGUGUAAUGGCAGGUGACCCGGCCCUCCUUGGGGAAAUGCCGCUCCGACGGUGACCGGGCGUUAGAGGUGGCAGGGGACGUUAGGGGCUGGGAGCCGUGGGGUGCGGGAUCUCGGGGCAGGGUGCUCGCUGGCACCGGGGCCGUGCCCGGAAAAGCGUGCGGCGGCGGGGCCACGGGAAGGAAGCCGGGAAAGGCGUGCCAGAGCUGCAGUCCAGAUCCGUUCCCUCGGGAAGCAGGCAAGGAAAAGGGAUGGAGCGUGGCUGGGGACAAAGGGCUCCCACCACGGAGGUCUGUGCCGCUCCCCCGCAGAGCAGACGCAGCUCUCCGCUGAGGCUGCCGCCGCGUUUCUCAGGCGGCUUUUACGUGACAAAUCAUUGGAGGCUGGUUUUUAUCUUAACUCCUUCCCCAGAGCAGCCCCGGGACCCCCGUGCUCCCUACGUGGGGCAAGGAGCUCAUCUGGGCAAACACCUGCAUGUCAAGCUCGGGUUGGUAAGAAUGGCUGAUGGCAGAGAGGACCCCGCCGCGUUCACCUCCACGUCGCUGCCCUCGGACCCGCGGCUGCUGGCUACGGUGACCAACGCUUACCUGGGCACCCGCGUGUACCGUGACAUCCUCCACGUCAACGGCGUGUACAACGGGGCGGUGGGAGACACGCACCGUGCCGACAUCCCCAGCCCCGUCAACGUUAGGAUGACGGUGCCCAGUGCGGACAGCCUGGCCGAGACCUUCACCUUGAACACCCGGACGGGAACCUUCAGCCAUGUGCUCCAGUCAACUGAGUAUGCGGCCACCCAUCAGAUCUACGCUCACCGUUCCCUCGUCCACUUGAUGGCCUUCAGCAUCACCAUCCAGCGAUCAGCUCAUGCCACCCAGCCCAUCACGGUCCAGCUCCAGACUCCUUUUGUGCCAAAGAGCCAGGACUUGGACCUGAGCCGAGGACCAGACUUCCAGGGAGCACACUAUGUCUACGGGAGGACGCUGGUUCCCGAGGUGGAGGGGGGACCCCGUCCCACCGUGCACAUGCUCUGGACUCCCGUGCCGCAAGCCUUGACGUUGCGCGGGGAGGAGCGGGAGCGAUCCUGGGAGUUCCUGACGGCCGUGGCCGAGAGCGAAGAGGAGGUGAAGAGGAGCUACAGCGAAGGGCUGGCCCUCAUCGCUGCUGGCUCCCUGCACUCCUCCCACGUCCACGCGUGGGCCAUGGUGUGGCGAGACAGCUGCAUAGACGUGGAUGGACCUCUGCCUUUGAGGCAGGCCAUCUACGGGUGUCUCUACUACCUGCUGAGCGCCAUCCCGCCCGGGGGGAACCCAGGCUUCCUCUUCCACGGCAUCAGCCCUGGUGGCUUGUCCAACGGCAGUCGGGGCGAGGACUACUGGGGACACGUCUUCUGGGACCAGGACACCUGGAUGUUCCCGAACAUUCUGCUGUUUUAUCCUGAAGCUGCCCGAGCCAUCCUGGAGUACCGGAUUCGCAUGCUGGAAGGAGCCUUACGCAACGCGCAGGAGCAAGGCUACGAGGGUGCUAAGUUCCCAUGGGAGAGUGCAGCCACUGGCCGGGAAGUCUGCCCUGAGGAGAUCUAUGGAGACCAAGAAAUCCAUGUCACUGGGGACGUUUUGAUGGCCUUUGAGCAGUAUUAUUGCACCACGCAGGACCAGAAGCUGUUCAGGGAGGAUGGAGGCUGGAAGCUGGUGGGUGCCGUGGCUCAGUACUGGUGCAGCAGGAUGGUGUGGAGCGAGGAAGAGCAAUGCUACCACAUCAAAGGUGUCAUGCCCCCUGAUGAGUACCAUUGCCGGGUUGAUAACUCUGUUUACACCAACGCCGUGGCCCAGCGGAGCUUAAAUUUUGCAGCUGACGUUGCUCGGGACUUCCUGAUCCCCGUGCCAGAGGAGUGGGUGGACUGUGCCAAGAAAGUCAAAGUGCCCUUUGAUGCGGAGAGGAAAUAUCAUCCCGAGUACGACGGUUACCGCCCAGGUGAGCCUGUGAAACAAGCCGAUGUUGUCUUGCUUGGAUUCCCGCUGAUGCACCCCAUGAGCUCUGAAGUCCGGAGAAAUGACCUGGAGAUGUACGAACCCGUCACUGAGCUGGACGGGCCAGCCAUGACCUGGAGCAUGUUCGCAGUGGGCUGGCUGGAGCUAAAGGAGGUGCAGAGAGCCCAGAGCCAACUGAACAAGUGUUUCAGCAACAUCACGGAGCCCUUCAAGAUCUGGGUGGAGAACUCAGAUGGGUCAGGAGCUGUGAACUUCUUGACAGGGAUGGGUGGAUUCUUGCAAGCUGUCCUCUUUGGCUACACAGGGUUCAGGAGCACAUGUAGUGGUGCUGAGUUUAAAGCCCUUCCAGCUGGCGGGAGUGGGAGCUGAUGUGGGUUUCUGAAGGUCACUUUGCCAGCCCGCUUUGGUCACAGCCUGGAGGGAAAGUGAGAACCGAGCUGUGCGGACGCAUCUCUGCUGAGAUGGCAAAUUACAGAGAGGGGCAGUGCUAGCGGUCAGCCGUGUCUCAGGAUUUAAUUGAGCCGUGCUUCCAGGAGCGUCUCCACCGGGUGUAAGGUGAGGUCCCACCAUCUCCUCACCGAUGUCCUACAGCUUCGGAGCAAUGGCAGGUGAGAACAGACACUUGCUGCUCGGUAUUUUGGCUGAAGCUGAACUUGUAUCCUAAAAAUCCCAGCACGGCCAUCCCCCGAGCUGCUCACAGGGCUGGGGUUCGGUUCCAGUCCGUGGCCCAGAGCCUGUGCCCAUGGGUUCGUGUGACCAGAAUUCAGUGGCGAUUCCUGCUUGGGGUCCGUGGCCACCUCUGCUUGUUCCUGUGCCCGUCCCCCUCCCCGUCGCAGAGCAGGGCUUGCCCGAAGUUUUGCCGGCGUAGCUGCUGCUGAAGCCAAACUCUGAGCUGCAGUGGGGAACUGAGCUGCCCUGGAAGAAAAAAAUAACGGGUUUUGUGCUCUCUUUUGUUUUUUUUUUUUAAAAAAAAAAAAAUUAAAAUCCAACCUAAUGGAAACCACAGACCCCAACUGAGGACCUAGAAGGGGGACAGGAAUGCCUUGGGGUGCUGGGCUGAGAAAUCAGGGCCCCGAGUAGCUCUUCAGCGGGUGCUUCCUCAGCGUGUUUGGGAUUUGCCCGCAGAUCCUUGGGAGGCACCAGGGACUCUGCCCACAGAUGCGCGGAGUAACGGGAGGGUCCUCUGUGCUGUCUGGGGAGGCGGCUGAGCCCCAAAGCUGCUUCCCCUUGUUCCUGCCGCCGACGUGCUCCUGCCUUCCCAGGAUCACCAGGUCCAGCCUCUGCUUCGACCCUGCCUUUCCUGCUGACGUCAACGAGUUGAAAGUCACCGGCGUCUCCUACUUUGGCAACAGACUGAAGUUCACCAUCACCAAAGAAGAGAUCAGGAUCGAAGUGACCGAGUCUC